UCAUCGUAAAGUCUCGAACCACCUUCCGACCUAGUUUUUCUUAUUUCGAAAACAAGUUAUCGACGUGACACUAUCUCCGCGCGACGAUUUAACUUAUCUUCGACGCUGGCAAAUUUGUGAGUAUCAGCCACGGCGGCAGAGCCGUGUUCAGUUAAAAGUUCCCGGUUCGAACUGGAGGAUUUGCCUCGUGAACGUUCGUACAGUCUCGGUGAGACGGUGAGGAGGCAUUUCCUGCGCAAGGAUUCUCGCGGAGCGUUUGAUAUCGGGCCGGGCCAGCGGCCAGGGGCUAGUGUGAAUCCAUCCCUUCGCGAGAACGUUCCGCGUUAAAAGUGCGAAUUUACGACGGCCACUGGGAAAGGCCUAUUCAGUCAGACGGACAGCCAGCGUCGCGAACGGACACAGAAUGCUUGCUAACAAGUGUCAAUCGGUUCUCGGUGUCCGUGCUCUUUCACGCCGGCUGCUCAAAGGACACGCGGUCUCUUGUAAAAGAUAUCUGUCGCGAUGUUCGUCGUUGGAAGAACCAAAGGAGCCAAUCCUCAAGACGGAGAUACCAGGACCUCAAUCGCGUACUUUAUUUCAAGAGCUCAAUGCGAUACAACAAGCCGGUUCUGUGCAAUUAUUCGCGGAUUACGAGAAGUCGGUAGGUAACUAUUUGAUGGACGCGGAUGGGAACGCACUGCUCGACGUUUACAUGCAAAUUUCGUCGAUACCUCUGGGCUACAAUCAUCCGGCUUUGCUGGAAGCCCUCAUCGAUCCAGCUAAUCACAAAAUUAUAGUGAACAGGCCAGCAUUGGGUGUCUUUCCGGGAAAAGACUGGCCACAGAAAUUGAAACAAAUUUUACUACAAAAAAAUGUAGCCCCGCCAGGAUUAACGAACAUCACGAUGAUGAUGUGCGGCUCUUGUUCGAACGAGAAUGCGUUCAAGAACAUUUUUAUCUGGUACGCUGGGAAACAGAGGAAAGGUGCCCCGUUUACGGAAGAGGAAAUGGAAAGCUGCGUGAUGAAUCAGCCCCCUGGUGCGCCCAGAUUUUCUAUACUUUCAUUUAAAGGCUCGUUCCACGGACGAACACUGGGUUCCCUUUCAACGACGCAUAGUAAAUACAUUCAUAAGAUAGAUAUACCAGCGUUCGACUGGCCCAUUGCACCAUUUCCCCUGUACAAAUACCCAUUGGAAGAGAACGUUUGUGAAAAUGAGCAAGAAGACAAGCGAUGUUUAGCCGAGGUAGAAGAAUUGUUCGAGAAGUAUAAAAAUGAGAAAAAAAAUCCGAUCGCCGGAGUAAUCGUUGAACCGAUUCAAGCGGAAGGAGGAGACAACCAUGCGUCACCGGAAUUCUUUCAAGAAUUACAGAGAAUAACGAAAAAACACGGAGCAGCGUUGUUGCUCGACGAAGUGCAAACGGGCUGCGGCCCUACGGGUAAGAUGUGGUGCCACGAAUACUUCAAUUUAGAAUCUCCACCGGACGUAAUGACUUUUAGUAAAAAGAUGCAAGUGGGGGGCUACUAUCACACCGAACCUUUAAAGCCGCAGCAAUCGUACCGCGUGUUCAAUACUUGGCUCGGAGAUCCCAGUAAAAUAAUACUGCUCGAAGCAGUGUUGAAAACGAUACAGAAGGAGAAGCUUUUAGACAGAGUUGUGACUGUCGGUGAUUACAUGCUGAAACAAUUGAAAUGUUUGGAGAAGGAAUUUUCUACACUGAUCAACUCUUCUCGGGGACGCGGGACGUUCAUCGCGUUCACCUGUUCCUCGACCGAACUGCGGGACGCGUUGAUCAAGAAGCUCUUGAAGCAAGGGAUUCAAAUCGGUGGCUGUGGGUCUUCGUCUAUAAGACUGAGACCAGCCCUGACGUUCACAGAAAAGCAUGCGGACGUACUUUUCGACAGGCUUCGAUGCGCUUUGAAACAAUAAGUUUAAAGAAGAUUAACGAUCUAUCAAAUUACGUGCUGGAGCACAAUCCUCGUGACUUCCAAAAAUCAAGUCUUCCAGAAGAGAUUAUAUAUAAUUUUUAGUAUAUUUAUAUAUGUAUAAGUAAAGAAAUUCGUAUGAAACCUAUAUACACGUAUAUUAAUAUCGGUGAAGUAUUUUUUAUAGCGAUCUUAACGCGCCACGUAAUACGCAAUACUUGACGUAUAAAUAUUAUUUAUAUUUACGUAAAAAAUCUGAUAAUGUCGUAGCAUGUUUAGUAACAUUUUUCAAAGACACGUCGUCAUUAACACUCUGCCACAAACGUUUCGAUUUAUAUAUCUGUGUAUAUACGUACUCGUUUCAUAUUACGUUUUAAUGUAACAAGUACUCCGAAGAUAAGUGAAAUUUAAUAUACAAUCAAUUUGUCUUCCGAUAGAAUGAUUAAAAACAGAGAGAUACCUCUUA